AUGGAUGUUGCCCGGAGCCCUCCGCGCAUCGCCGCGCGCAUCGCCGCGCGCAUCGCCGCGGGCCGGCGCGCCACCGCCCAGGCAGUGGCGUGCGAGCAAUUCCAGCGGGGGCGUUUCAUUGCAACCUUGCAGUGGAUCAUCCCGGUUCUUUGCUAUUCAGCACCCUUGCUCUUGCGCUUGGGACAACAUGCAGAUGUGGCACAGCUAGCGGCAGCCUACAACCGCACCACAGCGCCAGCGCUCUUUUGCCUCUUUCAAUACCAGGCAUUGGCGAAGUUCUUGCAGAAUCAGUGUAUUGCCACUCCGCCCUUGGUGAUCAACAUCAUCUCCUCUCUUUUGCAUGUUGGCUGGUGUGCACUGUUCGUGCUCCAUUUCAAGCUGGGCAACUCUGGUGCUGGCUUCGCGAACGGUGUCACCUGGACCUGUCAGUGGCUUCUCAUCGCCUUGUACGUCACCCGCAUCGCGCCCAAGCUGGGGAUGAAGCGACGCGAUGUGUGGCUGCCAGGACAGGGGAGUUUUCGAAAAUGGGGAGCCUAUUUGAAAGUGGCCAUCCCCUGCGUUUUACAGAUGGGCAGCGAAUGGUGGUUCUGGGAGAUUUGUGCCUUGUUGGUGGGCUUCUUGGGAACAAUUCCUUUGGCUGCACAUGUGGCAGCCAAUCAGUUUAUUGGCCUCACCUUCAUGCCAGCCGUGGGCAUCUCCUCUGCUGCUGCCGCACUGGUGGGCAAAAUGCUGGGAGCCAACAGGCCUCAGGAGGCUAAGACCUUUGUGAAGGUGUCGCUGGUGGUGAAUCUUGUGGUUUGGUUGAUGAUCUCGACAACCAUGCUGCUAGGGCAGCACGCCAUCGCGGGCAUUUAUGUGAAGCCCGGGGAGGUGAAGCAGCUCAUUGAAGGUUUGCUGAUUAUUUUUGCCUUUGCGGGUCUGCCGGAUACCACGCAGCACAUCAUGUCAGGCGCUUUGCGCGGCAUGGGGAUGAUGACUUCCAGCUCGGUCGUCUAUUUGCUGAGCUACUAUGGCCUCAUGCUCCCUGCCGGCUACUUCUUAGCCUUCCACUUCGGCUUGGGCGUCAAAGGCAUUUGGUAUGCCUCUGGCAUCGGCACAUCGGUGGCGGUCAUGGUCUUCAGCGUGAUCUUGGCCAAGGUCUCCUAUAGCGCUCCGAUCUCCUCUGAGCUCAGCACAGGAUGGCAACUCACAGAGCAGCUCCUGAGCGACCAGGAGGGCGGGAUUGAAUUUGACGACUAUGGAGGCGAGUUCGGUCAUGUGGUUCAAAGCAUUCUGGGCGAACGCAAUGCAGAGGACGGGAGUUGGUUUUGGGCCCUCUACGUCUAUGGAUCCUUUACUCAAGAGUGGCUGAGAGCCCCACAACGAGUGGAUAGCACCGACCUGGACACCUUCCCUCACAUCGCAUGGGUGGCCUUUAGGACUGCGGCUGUUGACCGUCGAGAAGAAGAGCAACGGGUUUUGCGAAUUUUGGGGCCCAAGCCCUUCAAGGAGAGCUGA